GUGAGUCCGAGUUGAGGUCCAAGUCCAAACCAAACCACAUAGUUGUGGGUCUUUCCAAUCUCCACCUCUCUUUCUGUCUUCUUUCUCUGAGAAAAAAGAGAGAGAUCAAAGAGAGCGAGGGAGUCUAGGGACAAAGAAGGGGGCUUUGCCUUUUUGGGGAGGAAGAAGAACUGAACCAAUUAACAUGGAAAGCAUAAGUGGAUGGCAAGUUCGUUUAUUAGGUGGAAUUGCUUCAUGGGUCGUUUUUUCUUCAAUGCUAAACGUGACCGGCAAAAUUAGAUCUUUGACUCAACCUUGGGUUUCUCAUCAAGUCAUCUCCGGCACUCCCAUUAGUCUCAAGAUCCAGAAAUAUCAGCAUGGAUUUUUGGAUGGUUUGUUUACUGCGCUAUCUUGUGUUGUUUCUGUGCCUUUCUACACUGCUUUUCUUCCCUUGCUUUUCUGGAGUGGGCAUUGCAAAUUGGCUAGGCAGAUGACUCUUUUGAUGGCCUUCUGUGAUUAUAUAGGGAAUUGUAUAAAGGAUGUCGUUGCAGCUCCUAGGCCCAGUUCACCACCUGUAAGGAGAGUAACUGCCACAGAGGAUGAGAAGGAAAAUGCUAUGGAAUAUGGAUUGCCUUCUUCACAUACUCUUAACACUGUCUGCUUGUCUGGGUAUCUUUUGCACUAUGUCUUAUCCUAUGCUGAAAUUAGUGAUAUCUUCACACAAUUAGUUGGAUUAGCCACCAUCUGCUUGGUUGUUGGUCUCAUUGGUCUGGGAAGGAUUUACCUUGGCAUGCACAGCUUGAUCGAUGUCAUUGGUGGUCUAAUAAUUGGCUUGGGAGUCCUGGCAAUAUGGUUAUCCAUUCAUGAAUAUAUAGAUGCUUUUGUAGUUUCAGAACAGAAUGUUUCAACCUUCUGGACUGUCCUUAGCUUGUUGUUGCUGUUUGCUUACCCAACACCAGAGUUUGCAACUCCAAGUUUUGAGUAUCACACAGCCUUCAAUGGUGUUGCACUCGGAAUAGUAAUCGGGAUCCAGCAGACUUAUCAUCAUUUUCACCACGAAGAUGUUCCACGCCUCUUUACAUCUGAUUUAGCUAUUCUAGCAUUUCUGGGUAGAGCUUUGGUUGGAAUUCCCACUAUACUGCUUGUAAAGUUUUGCAGCAAGGCUCUUGCCAAAUGGAUUCUUCCCAUAGUGGCUAAUAUCUUGGGCAUCCCAGUUAAAUCGACAAGCUACAUCCCAACACUAAGUGUUUCUGCCAUGAGUAAAAAGUCAGAUGGGACAAGACAAGCAGGUUAUCUACAGAAAUUGCUCUUUUUCUCCCACCAGGAGACAUUUGAUGUUGACACUGGUAUAAGGCUUCUUCAAUAUACUGGCCUUGCAUGGUCUGUGGUGGAUCUUGUUCCAUAUGUUUUCUUCCGUCUUGGCUUGUGACCACCAUUCUUGUAGAAUAGAAAGCCCCCUCAUCUGUUUCCUCAUUUUCUUGAGGCCCUUUUUGGGUAUGAUCAGGAAUGUAUUUUUGUGUUUAUAUCAUAGCCAUCUGAUAUAUUCAUUGAACACUUUGUACAGUUUAUGAAUCCGUAAUAUGGAAAGGAGUACCUGCAGUUUUGCUACUGUUAAAGACUGAGGUUUUGUUUGAUAAAAAACGUUAAAGCAUUUAUUUUGGAGUCAGUGGCUUCUUUGUAAUGCUAACAAUUAAAGGACUGAUUCAGGCCAAGAUUGUUAAUUCAUUAGUAUUUACUUC